AUGGCAAAUUCUACAGAGGAAGGCUAUGAUCUGAUAGAUUUAACACAAUAUCUGAUUCCAUUUGGCUGUUUUGUAACAUUCUCAUUGGCAGGUCUGCUGAUACAAUCAUUUAUUGUGGUUGUUAAUGUCAUUGACUGGAUGAAGGGAAGAUCAAUAACAGGUGCUGACCAAAUCAUCACCUCUAUUGGGAUAUCACGGAUCUUCCUUCACACCACUUACCUGAUGUAUAUAGUUUUAUUGUUUUAUUUUUCAAGGCUCCCUAAACUAAUUAAUAUCUUGAAUGAUUUAACUGCAAGGACAUCAGCUUUUGCCGAUAUCUGGUUAUCCACCCUGCUCUCCAUCUUCUUCUACUUCAAGAUCUCCACCUUUCACAACAUCCUCUUUUUACGUCUGAAGGCCUUCAUAUCCAGAAGAGUCGUCCACCUGAUCAUUGCCUCUGUGCUGAUGUCUGUAGUAUACUCAUCCAUGUAUUAUGUUGCUGUAUCUAUGACGUAUUCUACGAUUUCAACACAAAACGCCACUUUAUCCUACAGACAGGAAGAGAUAAUAUCACAUGUUUAUACAGUGUGGACUGUUCUCCCUCUUCUAAUGACCUUUGUAGCUUCGCUCCUUCUCAUUAUUUUGCUCGGUUUUCACCUGAGAAGGAUGAAGAUUCGUGGGAAUGUGACGAGCAGUACAGACGCCUACCUUAGGACCAUGAAGUAUACAGUUGUCUCUUUCCUGGGCUGGGCCUUUUAUAUGUUAGGAAAUGUAUCUCCAAUAAACAUGGGAUUUUUGUUCUCUCUAUGGUGGUUUGUUCUAAUGACCAUUUUUCCAGUCCUACAUUCCGUUUUGCUAAUUUAUGUGUCAACCAAACUAAGAAACCAUUUCCUCAGGAUUGUCCGAUGUGGAACUAUUUGUCUGCGCCGCAACAGAAACCCUCCUGGACCUCGCUCUGGAGAGUCGGUGGAGGUGACCCGUUUGUGA